CCGUUCUUGUUGUGGGGUCUGCGGGCGUCCCCAACGAACGAGGAAAUCAGGCCGGAAUCGGUGGAAAUUUUCGAUUUUGAUAAAGGGCUUUGGAGUUUGAACAGCUAGGGCUCUUGAUCUUUGUUUCAAGAAUUAGGGUUUUUCGUUGUUGAAACCUGGAAAGAUUGCUUUUUGAUGCCUCACCCUUAAUAAAGUUAGUCAAUUGAUCUUGGGAACGGCAAAAAGAUCCAAUUUUGAUGUUUAAUUUAUUUUUCUGUUUAGUAGGAAUAAAGCUGAAAGGAUCACAGUCGUUUCCUCUCUAUGCUUAUCUGAGUUCUCCUGAAUGAAAAGGUCCCUUUUUUUUAUUGUGGGUUUUGCAGUUUAGGUUAUUGACUUCCUGAUUUCAUCUAAAACCCUAAUUCUUGAACCAAAAGUGAGAAGAUGGAUCGAAAUCUCAAUUUGGGUAUAGACUUUGGUCAUGACCUUUCCCUCAAUGAUCUACCCUUCUCAUCAUCUGGUAUCAAUGAUGUCUUAAUGCAACUACCAUCUCCCGAUGCCCUUCUUCCCCUCGAUGAGAUUCCCGACUCCAGUGAUCAACCUAGGGAACAGACAGGUGGGCCCACAUUGCGGCAACGCCUUCUAGAACAUCCUGAAGUCCGGGUCCGGAUCCGAAGGUUGAUUGAAUCCCGACAACGGUUGGAGAUAACAAGGACUCAUCGAUUAGACGAUGACAAUGAUGGUGGUGGUGGCGGUGGGGCUGGGGAUGACGACGACGAUGAUGACGCCGGUCCUAGACCAGAUCCUGCAACUGAUCCUGAGAGACUGAUGCAUGAUAUCAAGACAUCUGUGAUUAGGAUGCAUAAGUUUUCUGACAGAGCUAUACAGACAGAGAGCUCAGCAGAGGUUAAGAAUGAUGCUGCUUCUGAAUUUGACUGCAACAUAUGUCUUGAAUUGGCUAAAGACCCUGUUGUUACUUGUUGCGGUCACUUGUUUUGCUGGCCAUGUUUGUAUCAGUGGCUUCAUGCUCGUCGUGGUUCCAAAGAGUGCCCAGUAUGUAGAGGGAAAGUGAAGGAAUCGAAUCUAGUUCCUAUUUAUGGAAGGGGGAGUUCAGAAGCUACUGGACAUAAGAAUAAUGGAGAAGAUUUGGAUCUGAAGUUGAAGAUUCCUCCAAGACCGAAAGGGAAGAGGGCGGAAAAUCCGAGGCAGCUGUUUCGAAACCCUUUGUUUGGAAGAAGAACAGAAUAUUUGUAUCAUGAGGUGCAAGAAAUGAUCAAUGAGAGCUUUUUCCAAAGGGGAGGAAGAAAUCCUCAACCUCCUAGAAACCUUCAGUCUAACCCUCUGUCUACUGCAACUUCACCGCCUCAAGUCGAAACAAGAACUCAACCGGCAAAUGUACUUCAAACUUCUGCUUUUGUAGAUACUGUUACUAGACCGCGCCGUUCAGUGCGUCGAAGGGAUCAAGAACGCGUGGCACUUACGGCUUCGCCUUCUCCUAGUCAGGCCUCAACUUCAAGCACAAUGGCGAUGAUUGAGGGUGAAAGUGUUGUUCCUGAUGCAUCAUUGGAAGCUAAUAACAGGGGUGGAAGUCCUAUGGUUCUUAGGAGAGCAAGAAACAGGCCCUCGAGCUCCUCUGGCUCAUCGGAUGUUAAUGGAGGUUCACGUAUGCGCCAAAGAAGAAGGAUGAACUGAACUCCUUUACUAUCCUUCCCUUUACAGUGUUCUAUAUAUUGGAUGUAUAGAUAUUUUUAUAGGGAGUAGUCAAAAUGCUUGAAGCAUGCUUCUGGAUUUGCUUUACAAAUGAGUGCAUAUGGCAUUUGGAAGUUUUUAGUCUGGAGUUAUAUGCUGGAUAGUCUUUUGGCAGCUAUUAUUGUCUGUGCAAAACCUUGUUUAUAUAUAUAUUUCUCGAGAAAUCAUGAAA